CUAAUAUUUAGCAAAUUAGAUUAUGCUCAUAAAAUAGGCUAAUUGUGCACUGAAUGGGUGAUGUGUGGUUUGUCCAGAAGUAGGAUAAAGCCACCGCUUUAAGACCUCCUCCCUCCCUCCCUCCUGCACUUCCGCCGCGUCUCCUUAUCGGCCAUUUUUAAUUUAACUCUUUCAUGAAAAGUUAUGUAAACACAAGAAAGCUACUAAAGGUUUUUAUGGUCACCUUCGCCAAAAAGCACCUCAUAUGUAUAAUCGCUAAAUGUGGUAAAUAAAUAAAUUAAUCAAAAUAAAAAAUUUUAAAAAACAGGCGUGGGAAAAGGACGACCCCAGGACUCUGGGCUGCAGUGGGAAUACAGAGAGCAGUCUGCGAUAACAUUAUCAGGAAAACAUGAGGAAAAAGCAGAAUGUGAAAAACAGGAAGGCAGAAGAGACUACAGUUGUGCAGGAGUUUGCUGUGGAAAAAAUAAUUCGUCGAAGAGUCAACGAUGGAAAAGUGGAAUACUAUCUAAAGUGGAAAGGCUUCACAGAUGCUGAAAACACUUGGGAACCAGAGGACAAUCUGGACUGUCCAGAGCUGAUUGAAGAGUUUCUCAGAAACUUGGCUGUCUCAGGUGAGACAGAAAGAAAGGACAAUCUCCCUCUGGAUCCCGUUAUUCAACCCAAAGAAGAACAAACAGAGCUGGAUGCUAACAUACAGCAUCGGCAACAGUCUGAGAAAGAGCAGACAGUAUGUGAGACUGGAGAAUCUACAGAUCACAACACUGAGACCACCAACGACCAACCUCUUAUCCAAGAACCAGAAUGCAUCAUUGGCUCCACCGACCGACAAGGAGAGCUCAUGUUCCUCAUCAAAUGGCAUGACACAGAUGAUGUGGCACUACUGUCAGCCAGGGAGGCCAGUGUAAGAUGGCCCAAGAUGGUUAUCGGUUUCUAUGAGGAUAAGCUUAGCUACCACGAGGAAGAGGAACAGUGACCGUGACAAUGAACUGAGUAAUACGUCUUGGCAGCUUUUAAAAUUUCCUCUCAAACACGCCAAUGGAUUUUCCUGUAUGUGAAAAGUCUUGUUGUGAAAGUGUGUAAAUCCCAGACACUGUGAAACAUGUCAUAGCACACUGAACUGCACUGUAAGGUGAUAUGUUUUAACAAGUCAGUCAAAUUAUCUAGGUUAUAGAAUAAAUGGGUGGAUAAUUGGUGCUGUAUUUGAACUGUAGAGCUGUUUAAAAUAUGUUACCUAAUUGCAUUACUGUCUUUCGAAUUUGACUUGAAUUGAAAAAGGGGCCACAUCAUAUACUAAUAUGAACUUGUAUAUUAGGAGUAAUCACUGUUACUAUUGGUCUCUGUGUAGCUGUUUUAGCACUUCUACUACUGUGAUUAAGACCAGUGAUCUGUGAAAUUUGUAGUUUUGUUCAUUUGCACAAAGAAAUACAAAUGUAGCAUUUUAAGACCAUGUUUUCUUUAAAAGUACUGAUAGCACAGUGUGAUUAUUUUAUUACAUCUCUGCCAGCGCAGUGCAUUGUAUUGCGAAAUGUAGUUUGUCUGUUUCACUUUCAUGGUCUCUUUAUGGUUUGUUAGUGGGUUUUAAUGAGGAGCAAGAAACUCCUGUUGGCUUAAUAAAUGUCAGAUUAACUCGAGAAAGUCUCAUUCCUUUU